GGAAGGACACGAUGCUCCCAGCUCUCCAACAGGCGAGCCCCCCGCCGGCUGCUAGACAUGCACCGUAUACGGACAGCUGAGACCCACCGCCGGUCAUCUCUUCCGCUAUGUGCUGAUUGUCUGUAUUUACAGAAGAUAUAUAACAAAGACAAACUUUAUUUUGGAAAGGUUUUUUGAUUCCAGUGGAAUCUGUGCUUAAGUUUCCUUGUCCUUUGCUUUGAGAGCCCUUAUAUUUUAGGACGCCAUGCCUGUACAAGCACCGCAAUGGACCGACUUUCUGUCCUGCCCUAUUUGCACCCAAACUUUUGACGAAACAAUACGGAAGCCCAUCAGUCUAGGCUGUGGACACACUGUUUGCAAGAUGUGCCUGAACAAGCUUCACCGCAAGGCUUGUCCAUUCGAUCAGACUACCAUCAACACAGAUAUUGAGCUUCUUCCUGUCAACUCUGCUCUCCUGCAGCUAGUGGGAGCUCAGGUGCCUGAGCAACAACAGAUCACCCUCUGUGGCGGGUGUGGAGCAGAGGACACCAAACAUUAUGAAGAAGCUAGGAAGUGUGUAGAAGAGUUAGCUCUGUAUUUAAAGCCCCUUAGCACUGCAAGAGGUGUAGGUCUAAACAGCACAACUCAAAGUGUGUUAAGUCGCCCAAUGCAGAGAAAGCUGGUGACACUGGUGCAUUGCCAGUUGGUUGAAGAGGAGGGACGUAUUAGAGCUAUGAGAGCAGCUCGUUCACUGGGAGAGAGAACAGUCACUGAGCUUAUCUUGCAACACCAAAAUCCUCAGCAACUGUCUUCCAACCUAUGGGCAGCUGUCCGUGCCCGUGGCUGCCAGUUUCUAGGACCAGCCAUGCAGGAAGAGGCACUAAAGCUUGUCCUCCUGGCUCUGGAAGAUGGAUCUGCGCUCUCACGGAAAGUCCUUGUUUUAUUUGUGGUGCAGAGACUUGAACCACGGUUCCCCCAAGCCUCGAAAACUAGCAUUGGGCAUGUUGUCCAGCUGCUUUACAGAGCCUCUUGCUUUAAGGUAACAAAGCGGGAUGAAGACUCCUCCCUAAUGCAACUAAAGGAGGAAUUUCGAACCUAUGAAGCACUGCGUCGAGAACAUGAUUCUCAGAUUGUUCAGAUUGCAAUGGAAGCUGGAUUACGCAUUGCUCCUGAUCAGUGGUCCUCCCUCCUUUAUGGGGAUCAGUCACAUAAAUCUCACAUGCAGUCCAUCAUUGACAAGUUGCAGACCCCAGCCUCGUUUGCUCAGAGUGUCCAGGAACUGACCAUUGCUCUACAAAGGACUGGAGACCCUGCAAAUCUGAAUAGACUUCGGCCUCAUUUGGAGUUGUUGGCAAAUAUAGACCCAAGUCCAGAUGCCCCUCCUCCAACCUGGGAGCAGUUAAAGGAUGGUCUGGUGGCAGUAAAGACUGUAGUGCAUGGAUUAGUGGAUUAUAUUCAAAAUCAUAGCAAGAAGGGAACAGACCAACAGCAGCCUCCACAGCACAGCAAGUACAAGACAUACAUGUGUAGGGACAUGAAACAGAGAGGAGGCUGUCCCCGUGGGGCAAGUUGCACCUUUGCCCAUUCUCAAGAAGAGUUAGAAAAGUUUCGGAAAAUGAACAAGCGUUUGGUUCCAAGAAGGCCACUCAGUGCCUCCCUUGGUCAAUUAAAUGAGGUUGGACUACCCAUAGGAGCACCUGAUGAAGGUCCUAUGGACUUACCACCCCGAAAGCCAAGUGGGCUUCCCAACGGCAUUGUGCCAGGAAGCUCAGUGACACAGCUCAUCUCAAGGAGUACAGACUCUGGCUUUGAGUCCGUAUUGAAACCAGUAAAAUUGGAUCACUUAAGCAGCAGUGCACCUGGAUCUCCCCCAGAAUUGCUGGAUUCUGUCCCCAAGACAUCUAUGUCUGCUUUGCCUGUCAACGCUCAUCCUGCCGCUUCACGUGAUUUGCCACCAUUACCGGUUUCCAAGCAGAUCCAAAUGGUGCCACGAGGUUCACAAAUGUAUGCCCCUCCUCCAGCAGAUACAUUUUACCAAGAAUGUCGGGGUGCUGGACCCCCAUUUGAUGCAGCUCCCUAUGCACAAGGUGUCUAUUACCCCCCUCAGUCCUCCCAGUGUGUUUCACGCUUUGUCAGACCUCCUCCUGCUGCCACUGAACCAGCCACCGCCUACCUCGACCACUAUACUCCCUACUUACAGGACAGAGUUGUCAGCACCCAGUAUGGCACUCCCACUCAGCAGUACCAGGCAAUUGUACCCGCCCAAUACCAGCCGCAUUAUGACAACCGUCGCGCUUAUCCAUCAAAUGCGCCACCUUACCAAAGGGAGGAGCUAGUGCGUGCCAGUCCGGUGCCUCUGGAAAUGCCUCCCGCUGCUGUCUCGCCCUAUGUUGCUGAAUCCAGAGAGAGAUACCAGGGCAUUGAAGGUUAUUAUACACACCCAGGACAAAUAAGGCCUUCAUAUCAUAGGGAACCAUAUAUUCGUCUGCCUCCCCAGCACACUGCUCAGCCUCACCCCAGCCUGGAUGACCUUCAUCGACGUCGCAAGGAGAUCAUGGCUCAGCUAGAAGAAAGAAAUGUUAUUUCCCCUCCACCCUUUGCGCCCUCACCCACUUUGCCUCACAGCUUCCACCCAGAAGAGUACCUUGACGAGGAAUUAAAAAUACCUGGAAAUUUUAAAGGGAAUGAUUACAGUCAGUAUUCACCCUGGUCCUUUGACACAUUCGGCCCCUACAUUGGAACCAAAGACAACAAAUCCAAAGAUGUUUCAGCUGGUGGCAAUGUGGAAGUAGCUAAUGUUGACGGCAAAUCCUUAAGAGACCAACGCAUUGAGCUUCAGCGGAGAGCUACAGAGCCUGGUGAGGAUGAUCUAAUCCCUUUUGGAGACCGACCCACCGUUUCUCGAUUUGGGGCCAUCUCCCGCACAUCGAAGGCCCUGUACCAACCACCAGGCCCAAUGCAGCAGGCCAUGGCAGCCCACGGAGCUGCCAAAUCUAGCAUUACAGAUUACAGCUUGUACAGCAGUCACAGUGGCUUGAGUGGUCCAUCAUAUCCAACCCAUCAAAACCUUCCUUCUCAGGGACAUUUGAGUGAGCGGGAAAGGCUAUCCAAGCCUUUACCAACAUCUGAAAGAGAACAGCUUAGGAUGGAACUUCAGCAAGUGAACCAGCAGAUCAGUCAGCAGGCACAAAUGCGUGACAUGGAGGUAGCUACUAACCGCCUGCUGUUGAGAGAGGCAUCUUCACUUGGAAACCAGCAGCAGCCACCCCCACAACAACCGCCAGCCAAGUGGCCCAGCAAGGUGUCCAGUAAACAGCUGAGCCUUGAACUUCAUCAAGUGGAACGGGAGAUUGGGAAGAGAACACGUGAACUCAGCUUGGAGAGCCAUUCUUUGAGUAUGAAAAGCAAACCAGAUACCAUCAAAGUAGAAAAUGGGCAGCUGGAUGACCUCCCGCUAUCAUUCAGCAGUGAGGUGCCAAAUGGAUCUGGCCUGACACAGGACAUCACCUUAUCUAAGACAGCAUCUUUAACUCUUUCAGAAGAUCCCCAAGCUGGAGGAGACAAAAGUGAUCUGAUGAGAUCUGGAGUUAAUUCUACUGCUGCUCCUUAAUCUGUGAAGGCCAUCUAACCCACGUACCUGACACCACCCUUAACCACCCCUCUUCUGUUUUUUUAAAUAUUGAUUGACGGUGUUUUGGUCUAGUGGGUAGAAAACACAUGGAGUAGCUUUUUUGUUUUUUUUUGUUUUGUUUUUUGGAGGGAGGGAGAAGACUGAGCAAGUCAGGAUUUUUAAGAAGACAAUGUUUUUGCAUUACUUACCUAAACCCCGUUUUGGGGGUCUAGGAGGAAGAAAAUCUGUGACCCUGCUCCUCUUCUUCCUCUUCUCCAAAGCAUGACUGACUAGAUAUAUAAUGUGCAUUGAAAACACCACUAUAAAGAACAACCUCUGCACAUAUUUUCACGUUAACACAUUUUUUAAUAAAAAAUAUACUGAAUACAAAAUAUAUAUUAAAAAAAAGACACAGAUGAAAAUUAGCAGUAUCUGCAAGCAAUUCAAGAUUAGUUGUUUUUGUUCUGUGAAUGAACUUAAUUUUAAUAACUUUCGAUGCCUUGGAUGCAAGGCUUAAAAGACAAAAAGGAAGAUAUUAUAUAUAUAUAUACUCUGUUUGAUUAAUUGUACGAUCUUAUUGCUGUAGAUUACAUUUAUUUUUUCUUGUUUUAUUUGGAUGGUAUUACAUAGCCAGUAAAUCAGCCAUGCAUGCCAGACUUACCUAAAAGAUAUGAAUCUUUUGCCCUUGAUGUUUUUUUUCCUGAGCUUUUCAAAAAGCAGAGACACUAAUCUAGGAAAAUCACUUUCCCUUUGUGUAAAGAAAAAUUCAGCCUGGAAUUGUUGCUCUUCAUCCUCUGGGUAUUUACCUGUCUGUCCUUGGUUACCAGAGAACAUAACUGUUUUGUUAUCCAGUAUAAAAAGAAUUUCAGAGGCUGGUCAUGCAUGGCAGAAAGGUUAUUUGAAAGCCAUUUUGCAAAUAACCAGUAUGUAAAGAUUCUAUUGUCACUUACCACAACUGUUUCCCAUAGCUGACAAUUAAAGCAGUUCGAUGCUCUUCUGUUGCAUUAUCUCUGCACGAUUAAACAAAACUGGCUAUGUAAUAACUUCCCACAUCGUUAUGGUGGGGUAAAAGCGAGAAUUCAUUUUUUGUUUCUUGUAAUUUCUUAGUGUUUUGAUCCCCCCUCCCCCGUUAUUUCUUUCCUCUCUAUUGCCUGCUGGGCCAGUGUCCGCCUCAGCGUUAUGUUCAACGAAUCCUAUUAAGAAAGAAGUUAUAAGAAGAUUGUACGAUAUACGUACCUUUCAAGGUGAAAAUAUGGGUUUUGGGUCCCACAGUUGCCUACCAGUUGAGGUUUCCAAACUGAAGGUGCUUGGAAAGAAGCACCUGUUUGAUUUUCCUUAUUGCCAAGAGGAGGCACCGCGUUUGAUAUACUGUUUCACAUUGAAUUAAAUUGAACAUUUCGGACCUGCUGGUCACACAUUUGAUAUUUACAUAUAUUGGCUUGGGGUUCAAGCUAACUCUAUUUUUUUUUCUUUUCUUUUUUUAAUUUAAAUAACGACCAUAGAUUAUAUGUGUGUGUAUAGUUACAGUUAUACACAUACAUAUAUAAAAUAUUUUUAAGAAUUUUGUUUUUGGAUGAGUGCAGCUGUUUGGUGCAGGAAUUUCAUGUAUCUUUAUAAUGUAGAGUUGUCUUUCCUCUAGAUCUGAAUCAUACCAGCAAUCAAUGGCAUAAUAUUGAUUCAUUCAUUUAUUGCAGCGAGACGUAGUAAAAACUUCUCACCGUUUCUCCUGAUGACAAAGGGCUAGCAUACUUUAGCAUUUUCUGUUCCUCAGUUUGGUUACAUUUGCUGGGAUGACCUUGCAUCUUUUUUUUGUAGGCUUCUCUUCAAAAUGUGAGAUGAGACCUCACCGUAGAAAAACUCACUCACUUUCACUUCAUUCUUAUGGGAUUUUUAAAAGCAUAUUUAUCAAAUGGUGAAUUCCAUUGUUAAAUACAAUUCUAGAAAGUGAGUGAGUUGUUCUGUGGUGAGUUCUAAUCUCACAUUUUGAUAAAUCAGCAGAUUGGAGCACAGGAUAGUACAUGAAAUAAGAAAUUGUAGGCAUGGCCAAAUUUAAAAGGUAUAAUAUAUUUCAGAGUUUGUAUUGUAAAUCAGUCUUGAUUUGGGCAAAUAGUAGCCUGCUGACUGCCGUUUUACUGGCUGUCAGGGUUUUUAUUGCUGCUCUGAUCUUUUUGUCUUGUGGCUGUUGCCUAAAAUUUGCUACUUUCCUAUCUGGGGAGUCACAGUAAACAUCUGUGCAUGUGCAGGAAAAGUACUUAUGCUGUGUCCUGGUAUCUAUGGAUGCAGUCACUUGAGGCCUUUUAACAUCCCUGUAGCUGGGUGACCUAGAGGCAAAGCACCCCUGAUACCUGCUUGAUACAACAUAGUCUCUGCAAAAGCCUAAAACUCCUUCAAAAAGACCUCAUGCUUCACAAUCAAUAAAGAAUGCAUGGAAGGGAUUUUGGCAUAGUUCCUUGGAUAGAUGUUCCAAGUCCGGCCUAUGUUCCAGAAUUGGACAAAAAAA